AUGGCCUGGCGACUGGCCAUCGCCUCAACCGCCCUGUCCAUUGCCACCACCCUCCUCCUGCUCAAGCUCAGCUACACGCAGAGCAACCUGUCCUCCAACCUGUCUGAGAAGUCCGAGUCCGGCUUCUACUCGGCCGUGUGGGAGUUUGUGGGAGUGGCGGCCGUUGCCACCCCCCUCUUUGCCCUGUCAGAGUGGGUGGAUGGCCUGCUGGUCAUCCACUGGCGGCGCUGGCUAACGGGGCACAUGCUGGACGCCUACUAUGCUGACCGGGCGUACUACAGGAUCAUGCUGUGCUCCCUCCAGGGUCUGGACAACCCCGACCAGGUGCAGGCAAAGGAGGGGGGGGGGGUGGUGGGGGGGCUGAUGCUGCGCAUGUGCGAGGACGCGCGCAGUUUCGCCUCCUCCAGCGUGGCCCUCAUGGUGGGCCUGAGUCGCAAGCUCUUCUACCUGGCCGCCUUCUCGGGCCUGCUCUUCAGCAUCGCGCCGCGCAUGAUGUGGUUCCUCCUGGCCUACGCCGCGGCCGGCACCGCGGUCACCGCCGCUGUCUUCGGGCGCGGCCUCAUGCGCCGCACCUACGAGGUCCUGCGCCGCGAGGCCGACCUCCGCUUCCAGCUGGUGCGUGUGCGCGAAGCCGCGGAGUCGGUGGCCUUCUACUCGGGCGAGGCGCGCGAGGCGGGCGUCUCGCACGCCAGGCUGGCGGCCGCUGUGCACGCUGCGCUGCGCCGGGUGGCCUGGGAGGCGGGCCUGGCGCUGUGGGUGAACGCCUACAGCAACACCACGCUGCUGGUCCCCUCCUUGCUCAUGGCGCCGGCCUACUUUGCGGGCCAGGUGCGCUUCGGCGACAUCACCCAGGUCUCCUUCACCUUCCAGCGCAUCGAGUCCGCGCUGUCCUUCGUCGUGGACAACCUGGCCGCGCUCUCCGGCCUGGCGGCCCAGACCGAGCGCCUGGACGAGCUGCUGCGCGCGCUGGUGCCGCGCGGCGACCCCGGCGCCAGCGUUGCGCGCGGCGCGGCCCGCGCCGGCGCCGUGCUGGAGCUGGAGGGGCUGUCCCUGUGGACUCCGGGCGGGGCCCAGCACCUGGCGGACGGCCUGGACCUGAGCCUGGGGGCGGGGCAGUCGCUGCUGGUGAUGGGGCCCUCGGGCUGCGGCAAGUCCAGCCUCCUGCGCUGCAUUGCCGGGCUGUGGGACGAAGGGUCAGGGACUGUGCGCACCCUGCCGCGCGACUCGCUCUUCUUCCUGCCCCAGAAGCCAUUCAUGUGUCUGGGCUCCCUGCGGGACCAGGUCACGUUUCCCCACGUACACACACGCGGCAGCGCCACGGACCUGGCAGCCCUGCUCGCUGCCGCACAGCUCCCCGACCUGCUGGAGAGAUCUGGCGGCUGGAAGGCAGAGGCCGACUGGGCGCAGACGUUGUCCAUCGGCGAGCAGCAGCGGGUCGCCUUUGCGCGCCUGCUGUACCACCGCCCGGGCCUGGCCUUCCUGGACGAGGCGACCUCGGGGCUGGACGCGGCCACCGAGGAUGCCAUUUACACAGCACUCGCCGCGACGGGGGCAAGCUUUGUUUCAGUCGGCCACCGCCCGCAGCUGGUUCAGUGGCACACGCACGUGCUGGAGGCCCAGGGCCGGGGCAGGUGGGAGCUGCGGGACGCGGAGGAGUACCUCGCCAGCAGGGGCCGAGCCGCGAGCCCCCAGGCGUCGGGCGGCGGCAGCAUGACGCUGCGCCGGCACACUGUGAGCGCCCGCCUGGCGACCUGA